UUCAUGUAAACGCAGCUAAUGAUAUAAGAAAUGUGUGUAUUACAUUGAGAGAGAAGUAUUACAUGGAGCGAUUUCUUAUAAGAAGUUCCAGGAAGUCUUAGAAGUCUGUUCGAUGAAUGUGGUGUAAGAAGAUCUCUGAGAUAAGAAGGAGCUUGAUCAUUAAGAGUUUUAAAAACAAGCAUCAGAAUCUUAAACUGAAUCCUAACACGGACUGGGAGCCAAUGGAGCGAUGCUAAAAUUAGGGUGACACGAUCGAAUUUCUCUGCCCUGGUCAACAGCCUUGCAGCUGCAUUCUGAACCAUCUGGAGACGAGCCAGAGAUGACUGAGGAAGACCCAAUCACCAGCUUUCAAUGGAAUAUACAACUGGGUAUCAUCAGCAUAUAAAUGAAAAGAGACAUUGUGUGCCCUAUUAAUAUUCCCCAACGGACACAUAUAUAAGUUAAAAAGAAGUGGGCCCAGAAUGGAGCCUUGAGGUACACCACUAAUAAUAGGAGCGGAAGAUGAGGAAAAUUACUCAACGCUACCGAGAAGGCGCUGUCCUUAAAAUAUGACCUGAACCAUUGAAGGGGGGUACCCUUGAUAUCAAACAGAUGCUCUAAGCGCCAAAGAAGUAUGUUUUCGUCUACAGUAUCAAAGGCAGCUGUAAGAUCUAGAUCUAAGAUCAUUGGACACUUUUAACAAAGCAGACUCCGUGCUAUGAAAAGCAGUGAAACCAGAUUGUAAAGGUUCCAAUAGCAUAGCUGAAUUUACAAACAGGAGCAAUUGUGACUGCACAACUUUCUCUAACAGCUUUGACAGAAAUGAUAGCUAAGAGACAGGCCGAUAAUUAUUAAAGCAACCUUCAACCAAACCCUGUUUCUUAAGCGAAGGUUGAACAAUAGCAUGCUUAAAAUACUUCGGGACCACCCCAGCAUCCAAAGAUGAAUUUAUCAACACCUGGAUACUGGGGACAAUUUCAGAAAAAGUUGCUUUCAUAAUCACAGAGGGAACAACAUCAAGUGUAGUGGACGUUAUUUUCAUCUGGUUAACGGUUAACCAGAUCACACAGUUCCUUUAGAGAAACAUGCUGAAAUUGAUCAAAGGAAACCGGUAUAGCCAGCGAAUUCAGGGACAGGUCUGAGAACUGCGAAGUGAAGGAAGAACGAAUGGUAAUUACAUUAUCAGAAAAAAACAUUAAAAAUCUCUCACAAAGUCCAGCCGAGGGUUCCCCAUGGAAUUGGCAACUUAAACUGCUCAUUUGUUGAUGUUGGCACAUGAUAAGAUGAAGGACAACUGUGUUGAUUUUAUGCUGUCCUCUGUCCUCCAUUGCACAGCGCAAGUGCAUGAAGGAAGAGACUUUUAUUUUGAGAAAGAAUGGUUUAUGGAUAUCCCAGAAAGCGAAGAGCUGUACCUAUAUUGUUGUGACAAAUUUUGUGCAUGUUCAGUCAAAUUGAGUGACACUCAGUUGCAUGUAUUUUUCAUCCCAGAAUCAGUGGCUCACGUCUCAUUAGCCAAAAUAAAGAAACCCACCUCCAACAUGUACAGCCUGACGUUGGGAGUUUAUAAAAAAUUCUUCCAGGAAAUGUGCAAGGGUAACCGGGAGGUGAUGUGUCAUGACAAGGGAAUGUUUCUGAACCUCGGGACAAGCCCCACACUCCUAGAGAUACACCCACAAUUGAAGAAGGUGCCUCUCGGGCUGUGGGCCCAAGGGAAACAUGACGUAGGCCUGAUCAGACCACCAGUCGUGAUCACACCCAAAUCUGACUUUCGGCCUAGACAAUCUCAAUACCCUCUUAAAUCAGAAGCUAUUGAGGGCAUUAGACCAGUUUUCAAUUCAUUAUUGAAGGCAGGGGUCAUUGUCCCCUGGUCAGAUUCACCACUGCGCACCCCAAUAUUUCCAGUGAGAGAAGCAAAAAACCCCCCACAACCUGAUGAAUGGAGAUUUGUAGAAGAUUUGCAAGCGGUUAAUGCAGCAGUCAAACAGAGAGCUCCAGACGUGCCAAAUUCUUACACUAUAUUAAGCCAGGUUCCAGCAAAUAGCGAAUGGUUUUCAGUCGUAGAUUUAGCUAAUGCAUUUUUCAGAAUAACUCUUGAUAGAGACAGUUUGGGUUUGCAUUUAUAUUUGACGGAUGUCCUUACACCUUCACUCACUUGUGUUAGGGGUAUUGUGGGUCACAAACGAUAUACAACCCAUUGCUAAAGGACAGCUUAGCACCUCUACCACUUUCUCCAGGGCUCAGUGUGAAACUGACACCAUUAAAUUGUUGCAGUAUCUCGCUAAGGAAGGACACAAAGCCAAAAUUUCAGUAUGUACAACAAGAAGUGAGAUUUCUAAGGCAUGACAUUUCUUCAAAGGGACAGAAACUCUCCGCUGAAAGAGUAUCUGCAAUCCAGAAGAUUCCCAAGCCUCUGACAAAGAAUCAGGUUCUCUCUUUCCUAGGUAUGUGUUCAUAUCGCAGAACUUUCAUUCUGAACUGUUUCAUUCUAGAAGCACCGCUCAGAGAGAUGGCAUAUGCGACAGGUUGGACAGCUCAUUCUCAGGUAAGUUGGAUCGAGUCACUGCAGGGUUUCCCCCCAUGAGUACGUGCAGUAGCAGCAGCUGAGAAAGCUGUGGUGGCAUCCAGAGACCUGGUAGGUUACUCAGAAUUGAACCUCUUGGUUCCACACGAGGUGUCAUUACUCAUGCUUGAACCUCACACCUGUCCACCCAGCGGUGGCUGCACCAUAACACUAUACUACUAGACAUGCCGAAUGUCACUAUAAAACGAUGUACUGUCCUUAACCCUGCUACUCUUCUUCCAACAGAGGGAGACGGGGAACCACAUGAUUGUGUCGUACUGACUAACGAACUCUGCUCCCCUAGAGUCGACCUGAAAGAUGUUCUAUUGGAAAACUCAGAUCUGAUCCUUUUUGUGGACGGGUCUGCGUCACGUGACCCAGAGUGGGCUAUGCAGUAGUGACCGCACACGAGACGGUCUGUCAGGAAGUCUCCCCUCAAAGCUUUCAGCACAAGCAGCUGAACUGUACGCCCUCAUAGAGGCAUGAAGACAUGCUGAGGGACAGUCAGUAAAUAUCUACACAGACAGUAGAUAUGCCUUUGGGGUAGUACAUGAUUUGGGGACAAUUUGGAAACACAGGAACUUCCUGAUGAGUUCAGGAACACACAUAGUCCACCACAAACUAGUCUCUGAGCUGCUGGAAACAGUCCUACUCCCCAGAACUAUUGCAGUAUGCAAAUGUGAUGCACACACUAACAAAUUAGACCCUGUUUUCCUAGGAAACGGUCGAGCGGACAGUGCAGCAAAGCAAGCAGCUGCAUCUAUGGUCCCAAAACUCAAGAGAAAAUAAUCACUCCUUCUUUACAGCUUUCAGACCUCCAAGCAUGGGCUAUGGUGGAGGAAAAGGCUGUGUGGCGUAAAGCGGGUUGUUCAGUCAUUAACGGUGUGUGGCGAGGCCCACAAGGCCGCCCUUGCCUCCCUAAAUACAUGUUCCUAUAUUAUGCAAAGUUGAAUGAUAGCUGCGAGAAAGCAUUGGUUUCUGUAAUUACUCUAAAAAAUAUAUAUUUUUGUUUACGCUGUUUGCACAACUCAUAACAUGGGUUGAGGUUUGAAGGUAGAGAAGGCCACGUCCCUACGUCCAAACAGGACUCAGACAAAGGUGUUGCUUAGAAAAGUAAUUCCUAGAUGGGGAACUCCCACGAAAAAUCUCCAGUAAUAAUGGCACACCUUUUGUGAGCCAUGCACUUAAGUAUGUGGGUGAAGAUUUGGGUAUUGACUGAAAGCAGCACUUUGCAUAUCAUCCAGCUAGUGGUGCGGCGGUAGAGAGAGAAAAUGGGACACUAAAAAAAAACAGAUUGAGCAAAUGCUGUUCUGAAGCAGGCUUAGGAUGGGCUUAGCCCCUUUGGGAUACUGUUUAGGAGGCGUCCACACACAGGAGUUGGGCCUGUGACAGCUCCUCUUCCUGACGCUGCAGCAUGUGAUGAUGUAAUGUUAAAUUACUGUGCAACCUUGUCCUGUGCUCUGCACUCUAUCCACAAGCAGGUAAAGGCGGCAUUUCCAGCUCUAGCCACGGUUCCGCUGCAUGAUCUGAAGCCCGGAGAGUGGUUCGUGAUCAAGGACUUCCGCAGGACCAGGUGGAACAAGCCACGGUGGUCUAGGCCAUUCUAGAUCCUUUUCAUCACUCGCUCUGUGGUAAAGGUCAACCAGAGAGCCACGUGGAUGCGUGCCAGACACUGUAGGAGAGUGCCAGAGCCCAGCACUGAGCUGGAGAAGAUGGGACUUCGACAGGAGGACUAGAAAGCAAUUCUCUAUCAAGAGGCCUCUAGGAGGACCUACGCUCACGAGCGACAAUAUAUAUACACAUAUACACACCCACACAUGACACACUGCACUCAAACACACAUUCUCACACCAAGUGGUAUCUAGUAGCCUGCGAAAUCACGGACAUGUAGUUUUUGGAGAAAAUGUUGACGACACGGAAACUGUACUCUUAGGAGGACUGAACUUCAUUAGUGCGUACUAUAUAGCCACGUGACCAGGACAGAGGUUAGACGACAUGACUUUGCUACCGCAGAUCUUACGCCCCAAAGCUCCCUGACCACAGACUACUGUUGCAGACUAGACACAAAUCAUUAGAUGUUGACCUGCACAUCUACUCAUACAUGCAAACCUAUUCCUAAUCGUGCACCCUUCUCCGGGUAUCUAUUAAUAAGCCCUGUCAUAGAAAUAAACUCACAAAUCAGUGGGACCGUCCCUGACAACAGUGGGGGUCCAGGGGUAGACCCUUAAACUGGAAAGAUAAACCAAAGCGCGAUAGUGAAGUUUAUUGGGUGGAAGACUUAAUGAUCAAUCACGCCAAUCACAUCGUUGCAGAAGAAAGAGUGCAUAACGCACACACUUUUACCCAAAUUUGGUAUUUAGCUGAUCGUGGUGACGGGACUAAGUGCCUAAGGUUAUGUGAUUUCUAUAGGUCUCACAUAAACCCACGAAGUUCUUUAGUAGACUAUUGCUGCAGAUUGUCAAUUAGUAGUUAAAAGCCCGUAUGCCAAGAUAUUGGCCGCCUCUGUAAACUGUUCUGUAUCGCCUUUGGUCAUAAGAAUCAUUACCAACAGUGCUACCCACACAACGUCACACGUCCCCUCAUCACACAGACACAUGAUGGUUAUUCUAUCAUUGAACACAUGCGGUCUGUGAUACACAACCCUCCACAGGCCAGUGAGACGGGGUUUGAUUGGCUGAACUCAGUACUCGGGGGAUGGGGCUCGUGGAUAUUAACUGUCUGUCUACCAAUAGGUGCAAUAAUUCUUCCCGUCUUGCUCAUUUUGCCUUGUAUUGUUUCUGUCAUUCACUCAGUUGACAUGCUAGCCAAUCACAGCGCAGAAGGCGGGAUCACGAAUACAGGUGUUCUCUAAAGCCUGUCAAAUCUUACCGUUC